AUGGUGGUGAGGACUGCGAUGCUCGGCAACUUGAAGAACCCUCCAGAGCCUUGGGCGGACGUCAUCCGCACGCACUACCGACUCAAAGCGAACUCCAUCAAGGCCCAACUGGACAAGUGGCUGGCCGACGACGAUGGCGUUGUCACUGUCGGGGACGGCGCGUUCCACCAGAAGGCCGUCGCAUCAGGCAGUUCGAACGGCCUGGCCGAGGAUGUUGCGGAGCUGAAGGCGUUGCUCACGAAGCUACAAACGGGCGAGUAUCCCGCUACAUCUUCUUAG